UAUUUUAAUCUCCUAUACGCGUGCCAUUACUGUUUCAAUCUUUGUUUAUUCCACAUUCUGACGAUAAAAUAUAAUUCAUCAAGUUUUGAUCGUAAGACGCCGUACUUUGAUUAAGAUCUGAUCUUCUGAAGAGUUGAAGAAUUGUUUUUUCACUGGUGGAGUGUUUAGCGCCGAAAGUUUGUUCCGCAAGACGCGUGUCCAGUACGUGUAGACUUCAGAAGAAGCCACAGAAUGCCAGGAUACGAAGUUCAGUUUGCCGAGCCGCUGGACAAGUCGUUUGAGUGUCCGAUCUGUUGGAAUGCGUUGCGCAGUCCAGUUCAAGUAACACCGUGCGGUCAUCGGGUGUGUCAAUCAUGCCUCGAGCCAAUCAUCAGGAGCAGAAAUCCUAAAUGUCCACUGGAUAAUCUGCCUCUGAACGGAGAGAAGGUCUUCCCGGAUAACGGUUGCCUUCGACAAAUCUUAUCUUUGAAGAUCUUGUGCAGGCGUAAUACCGAUGGUUGUGACUGGUCUGGAUCAUUGGCAGAAGAGCAGGAUCACGAGGAUAUGUGUGUUUACGUUGAUACCGAAUGCCCCAACUCGUGUGGCACGAAAAUAAAGAAAAAAGAUCUGGAAAACCACGACAAGGAAUGCAUACUUCGUGAAGAACCUUGUGAAUUCUGUAACGUUGGUAUUACAGAAUCCCAAAGAUGUAUACAUUUGGAAACAUGUCCGAAGUAUCCCGUCGAGUGUCCAUGGGAUUGUGGCGCUUGCAACAUGACCAGAGAUAUGCUCGUUCUUCAUAAACGAAGAGAGUGUCCAAUGAGUGUGUUGGAAUGUAAAUAUUACGAUGCUGGAUGUAAAUUUAUGGCGAAGCGAGACGAAAUGGACGAGCAUUUGGAAAAGGCAACAAAAGAGCAUUUGGAUUUGGUGCACGAAAAAUUAGUGCAUCAACAGAAAUUUCUCGACGCGCAGAAUGAAAGCAUUGGACUUCAGAAAGAACACAUCAAACUGCAAAGAGAUGCUCUAAGCUCAUACAAGAAAGAUCUGGUGGAGCUCAGAAGCAAAUUUGCCGACGGAGAAUAUAUUUGGAAGAUUUCAGAGUUCAGUCAGAAGAUGAAGGACGCCAGGACACAACGUUCACCUGAGCUGCUGGUCAGUGAACCGUUUUACACUCAUAAGAAUGGCUACAAGAUGUGUGCUGGAUUGUGGUUAAAUGGUUUCGGCAGUGGAAAAGGGAAGUAUAUUUCAGUAGGAUUGCAGGUUAUUGUUGGUGAGUAUGAUGACAUUUUAUCCUGGCCUGUCAACCCAAAGUUUGCGUUCACCUUGCUGGAUCAACGUGAGAACGCGAAGGAACGACGACACGUUACGGCAAGUUUCGAUCCUCACUGGAUUGCCAGACCCACACCCGAAAGGCAGCUUGGUAAAGGCGCGCGCAAAUUUGUCCUGCAAAACGUCGCGUGUGGUAACACGUACUGCAAGAAUGAUGCAAUAUUUAUACGGUUUGUGGCUGACGUCACUCCUAGAGCGCAAAACUUUGUUGAAGCCUAAGGCGGCCAAUGUUCUCAUAAGGUGGAUAAACAAGACUGUUCUUGCACCAUGUCAGGACUGAGAGAAACGCAAAAAACUAAGUUCUGUACGUUCUGGGACAAUUAUAGAAUUCAAAGCAUAUAAGAACGGAAGUUUAGCAUUCGGGGA